AACCCUUACCCUGGAGUGGACCCCUUUUCUCUCAUCAGAUAUCUGGAGAGUGGAGAGAGACUGGACAAACCUUUCAAUGCUGCCUGCUCACAGGACAUCUAUGGUAUAAUGAUGAGCUGUUGGAACAAGUUUCCAGAGGAGAGGCCAACCUUCUCAGAGCUGGUGACCCUUAUCUCUACUAGUCUGGAGGAGAUGGCUGGCUACUUGGACUUCACCACUCCUUUCUCUGCUGAACUCACUCUCAAUUCCUCUGAAAUUGAAAUAGCAACAAGU